AUGAUUCUGCUGUACUUAUUAUUGGCAUGGUUUAAUAUCAGGGACUGCCUGCUAUUCCUCCUUGUGUUCCUACUUAUUUCUGAUAUCCUGAAGAAUAGAAAUCAACCAAAUUUUCCACCAGGACCCUGGCCAUUGCCAUUCUUGGGGAAUGUCCACAGUACUCUUGACUUUAGGACCAUUGCAAAGCUUGCUGGAGAGUAUGGCAAUGUCUUCAGUCUGAGGAAGGGCAGUGAGAAGAUUGUUUUUGUAUCAGGCUAUAAGAUGGUGAAGGAGGCUUUGGUUACACAGGGAGAAAACCUGGUUGACCGCCCACUACUUCCUCUUUUUCAUGAAAUCUUUAAAGGGCUUGGUAUAAUUCUAAGCAAUGGUCAGCUGUGGAAGAGCCAGAGGAAGUUUGCAAAUAUCCACUUGAAGUAUUUUGGAGAAGGCAAGAAAACCCUGAUGACGUACAUUCAACAGGAGUGCCAGUACAUCUGUCAGGCUAUGAAAGAGGAGCAGGGGAGACCAUUUGAUCCCCAGUUUACAAUGAGCAAUGCAGUUUCCAAUGUCAUCUCUUCUGUGGUGUUUGGACAUCGUUUUGACUACAGUGACACACGCUUUCAGACUGUCCUACGUUUGAAUGCAGAAGCCAUUUUUUUAUUUGGAAGUCUACACGCUCAGUUGUACGAUGUUCUUCCAGGACUUCUAAAGUACUUGCCAGGAUCCCACCAAACCAUUCUUUCAAACUAUGAUAAAAUCAUUGCUUUCAUAAACGAAGAAAUAGAGAAGCACAAGGAAGACUGGGAUCCCUCUGACCCCCGAGACUACAUUGACACCUAUUUGAGAGAAAUUAAGACGAAAAAAGAUGAUGUUGAAGCUGGCUUCAAUAUUGAGACCUUGACAUAUUGCAUUCUGGACAUGUUUGAGGCUGGGACAGACACAAGUGCGACUACCCUGCGCUGGGGUUUUGUCUUCAUGAUGAAGAACCCAGAGAUUCAGAGGAAGGUCCAGGAUGAAAUAGACAGUGUGAUUGGCCGGUCACGACAGCCUAUCAUGGCAGACAGAGCCAACAUGCCCUACACUGAUGCUGUUAUACAUGAGAUACAGAGGAUGGGCAACAUUGUGCCAAUGGGCUUCCCCAAAAUGACCAGUAAAGAUGCAAAGUUAGGAGAACAUUUUAUACCAAAGGGUACAACCGUGCUCAUUAGUCUCUCUUCAGUGCUGAAUGAUGAACAUGAGUGGGAGACACCAGACACCUUCAACCCUGAGCACUUUCUGGAUUCUCUGGGCCAGUUUCGGAGAAGGAAAGCUUUCCUUCCUUUUUCAGCAGGUAAGAGGGUGUGUCUGGGGGAGCAGUUGGCUGAAAUGGAGCUGUUCCUCUUCUUCACCUCUCUCCUCCAGAGGUUCACCUUCUCUCCUCCCCCUGGAGUGGAGCCCAGCCUGGAGGGUCAGCUUGGGAUCACUUACACUCCAGGAUCUUUCCAGAUGUGCGCCUUGGAUCGCUAA